GUCCCAGAUGCCCACAACGAUCUUUAUUGGCAGAGCAGUUACGUAAACAACUCACAAAGGUGGCUAUAAUGAUUCCUCUCCCUGUCCCAAACGUAUACCUGGGAAAGAAAUAUUGUGAUAUCUCGGUAUGGGUAAUCAUCUUUCUUGGCGUUUCCUGUGGUUUCUCCACCCCAUGACGUGGUUAACCGGUUUUAAUGUCGACUGAAAGUAUAUAAACAUGACAUCACAAUUUAUCUUGUUAUUCGAUGGAAGCGUGGAAACAACAGUGAAUCGUCUGCUCUCAGUGAAAGUUGAUCGGAGGAUACCACGGUUUUUGUUCUGAAAGCUGUCAGAUAAAUAAAAAAGUAACUUAAUAGCAAAAACCACCAAUAUGAAGACGACCAGUUCUUGUUUGGUAAUAGUAGGCUUGCUGUCAUUGUGUCAAGGAAACAGAGUGAAACGGUGGGAUGAGGAUGGAAACGGUGAUGGAGGAAUGACAGGAGUCCAUGGUCAGCCCGGCGUUGACUACCCUGAUUAUAAGGAAGUUCCUAAAACGUCUUUCUCGUGUAAAGACCAGCUAUACGCAGGUCUAUACGCUGAUGUCGAAACACAAUGUCAAGCAUACCACGUUUGUUACCCACAGGACAGAGUGGCUAACUUCUUGUGUGCUAGAGGGACUGUUUUUAACCAAAAAAUAUUAGCUUGUGAUUAUUGGUAUAAUGUGGAAUGUGAGGAAUCGCCCAAUUACUACUAUUUAAAUGGACGAACAGAGGACGUCUCACAGCAGCUACACACAGGCUCUCAACCUCAGCAACAAAAUGGUUACCAAGCUCAACAACAAACUGGUUACCAGCCACAACAAACUGGUUACCAGCCACAACAAGAAACUGGUUACCAACCUCAACAAACUGGUUACCAGCCACAACAAGAAACUGUUUACCAACCUCAACAAACUGGUUACCAGCCACAACAUGAAACUGGUUACCAACCUCAACAAACUGGUUACCAGCCACAACAAGAAACUGGUUACCAACCUCAACAAACUGGUUACCAGCCACAACAAACUGGCUAUCAGCCUCAGCCUGGUUCACAGCCACAACAACAGACAGGAUUCCAGACACAACCUGGAUCUCGGCCAGAAGAACAAACUGGUUAUCAGAUACAAGGAACUGGAUACCAGCCUCAGCCUGGUCCACAGCGACAACAGCAGACAAGUUACCAGCAUCAAACUGGAUACCAGCCUUUUCCUGGCUCGCAGCCACAACGUCAAAGUCAGUACGGAUUUAAUCCAGCCGAAUCAUCACAAACAUCUUUUAGGCCAAAUCCAUGGAUGUUUCCCGGAGGAAUGAUGAUGAUGGGAGGACCAGGCGACCGGUAAAAGAAUCUUCAGACAAACUGAAAUAUUGUGUUUUAACCGAUAGGGAUUAGGAACGGGGAAAUGAAUGGAAUAAUUUGUGGUGCAGGGACAUAAGGUAGUAUACAAAUCAUCUUAGUCUUCAGGGACGGUGGCUACGACUGUCAAUUAAAAGUUGAUUGCUGGAAUAAAGUUUUACUUUAUAAAAUUGA